AUGGAAUGGUUGCUAGCAAAUGGCGGAGACGCAGAGAAUAUUCCCGAUUACGACUGCAUAGGUUCACACAGGAAACCCGGGAUAACGCACUAUGCUUUGGGUGCAGCUUGUAUUAUAUAUGGUUUGAUUGCUGAGAUUAUCUACGUCUUGGACUUAAUGGUGAUGGUUAGAAAGCAGUACCGACGCUUGUCAUGCUACAAGAUCAUGAUAGUAUUAGGGAUAUAUGAUAUGGCGGCUAUAUCACUCAACUCUCUGCUAACCGGGUACUUCUGGAUAGUUGGAGCUAACUACUGCACAAAUCCAACGUUCAUGUUUGCGUCCGGUAACGUGGCCCUUGGACUAUGGUGUGGCGCUUGUAUGAUCUGCUUCGUCCUCGUCAUCAAUCGUCUCUUAGACCUAUCGAAUAGGCGGCUGAUGCAAUUGCUCUUCAAAGAUGGAAGAACCUAUAUAGUCCUGCUUAUACCGAUAAUCUACAGUAUAUACUUCUGCUUCUUCACCUCUCCUAUCAUUUUCAACUCCGAUCAAACAGCCUGGUUCUUUUUCACAUUUGUGCCCGGGCAUGACUCUGAAAAGUUCCUCAAUUAUCCUCACACCGCCAAUAACCUCUUCGUCGUCGUACUUACAUGUCUACUUUAUAUCCAGUACUCGCGUGUGCUAGCGCAAUUUUCCAAAAUUGGACAUGGUUUGUCCUGGGGACAGAAAUCGUUUUUCGUGCAGUGCUCGACGAUAUGCGCGGCAAACCUAAUUGCGGCACUCAUCUAUGUUUACAUGCAAUUCUUCCCUACUCCUUCUUAUUUCGUACUGAUUGGACACAUUUGUUGGCAACUGGGGCAUGGUUUCCCCGCCAUUGUCUAUCUUCUUUUGAAUCGCACCAUACAGCGAGAAGUGCUAACACUUCUGGGACUUCGCAGCAAAACUACUGUCGCUUUCAUCUCGAGAGUGUCGGCAACGAAAACUAUGAUGAUUACUGAUUCUUAAGCAUAUAUUGUUAUUGUUCACCGCGGUCAUCCUGUUCACAGACCUUAAUCCAAUUGUCUCACGGAUUUGCAUUGUAUUAUAUUUCCCCUAUUUUUGUGAGUAAGCCUGUGCUGUAAAUAAAAAUAUGAGAAAAAA